GAUUGCAGUGAAGUAAGAUCUAACGGAUUCACUACAUCAAGUGUCUAUAAAAUAACAAUUGGAAAAAACGCACUUUUAGAAGUUUUUUGUGAAAUUGACAGAGAAAAUGGAUGGACGGUUAUUCAACGAAGGAUUGAUGGAUCCACAAAUUUUAACCGAAAGUGGAAAGACUACAAACAGGGGUUUGGGAACUUGUUUGGAGAAUUUUGGCUUGGCAACGAAAAUAUUCAUUUGAUCACUAGACGAAGAAAAUAUGAAAUGUACAUUGAAAUGAAGGACUUUGAUAACAACAUUUGGUUUGCUAAUUACGGAUAUUUUCAACUCGAUUCCUCAUCCAACAAAUACAAAAUUACUGUAAGAGAUUAUAAAGGUACAUCAGGCGACUCGAUGAGUUACAAUGACCAAAUGUAUUUCAGCACAAGCGACUUCGACAACGACCACGAUAUGAAAAACUGUGCAUCCGAGAAGAAAAGUGGAUGGUGGUUUCAAAGCUGCUCCUUCAGUAAUCUAAACGGUAUAUAUCAUAUAGAAAAUAAUUCGAUGAUGUCAGAGAUGCAAACGCCAGACGGUAUUUCCUGGUACACCAUUUUCGAAUCCGAAUAUUAUUCGUUAAAAAAUGUUGUGAUGAAAAUUAAACCGUCAAACGAAGGCUGA